CGGCGGCCGGCUCUCAGGAGCCGGUGCGGCGGGGCAGGGAGCUCCGCCAGCCGGAGCGGGGUUGUGCUGUGCUGUGCUGGCGUCAGCUCCCCGUCUCCCGGUGGGCUUGGGGCGAGAGGAGGGCGCUAUGCUGCUUCACCUGGUAGCCGAGUUUGACCUGCGGAGGGAUGUGGUGCCCUGGCUGGCGGCGCGGGGUUGGGCCGCGGCUCUAGAUACUUCCAAGAAUUCAUCAGCGCUGUACGUUGUAAAUGUUGAAAGAAAUGGAAAAAUUAUUUAUACCUGGAAGGGAAAUCAGAGAAAUACUCACAUUGGAUUGUACGAUCUUCAAACUAAACAAAACGAGCACCUCUAUAUGUUUGAGAGGGAUCUACACAUAAUCAGUUGUUCGGUCAACAAUGAAAGGACGUUAUUGGCUGUCAGCUUCCGUCAAUAUACAGAGGAAGAAAGAGUAAGUCGGCUAUUGCAGUCAGUAUCCAAGUAUUUAACCUUGCUAAUUGAAAUUCAUCCCAUUAAUAAUGUGAGAGUCCUCAAGGCUGUGGAUAGCUGUGUUCGAGUACAGUUUCUUUAUCCAGUUGAAGGCAGAAAUACUUCUACAGGAAGUCGCCUCUUGCUAGUUUCAGAAGAUAAAUAUAUUGAACAAUUUGACGUUCAUGUUGUUGCAGAAGAACACAAAGUGGUGAUACAAAACUCAGGUCAGCUUCCAAGAGCCAGAGUUGCAGAUGAUCUCAUUUGGGCACAAUGGGAUAUGAUGGAACAAAGGCUCUUCUACAUUGUUCCAAAGGAAUCAAGGAGUACUUUAAAAUGUGUCCAGUUUUAUCCUGAUGAAAAUUUUAACUCAAUACUGGAAUCACACCUGGAUAUUUCUGUAAAUGGCACACAAUUAAAACUUGUGAAUUUUGGAUAUGAUUACUGUGAAGACCAAGAUGUUGCAUCUAAAUCUUUGAAUCUUCAGGUUUUUACAAGUAAAGCAGGAGGCUUGUGUGUGUGUUGUAGUCUACCCUCUGAUAUUCCUGGUGAAAUAAGAUACUCCAUAUAUUUUUUACAUAAAGGUUACAACAAAACUUUUACAGUUUCUCUAGAAAGAACAGAAUUGAAGGAAGUGGCUUUUAUGAAUCUUGACUAUUAUGUGGCUGCUUAUUUGCCUGGCCAGUUCCUGCACCUCCUGAAUAUUCAGCAUCCUGACCUGCUGUGCUAUAGUUUGUUUCUGACAGGUGAGGAUGCAAGAAUUGACAUGUUGCAAAACUGUUCCAUCCGAUCCCCACUCACAUCAACAGUCUUAGAUUGUUGCGUAGGAAGUAUGUAUGCCGUAAGCAUCAGUGACAGCGCCUUACUACAGUUCCUACAGAACAGCAAACAAGACAGCGAGAGAUUGGCAGCUCUACAUUGUGCUCUGUUGCACUUCCGACACACAGAAGACUUGGAAAUGCAGAUUAUUUGGUGGAUUUCUGAGAACCUGUCAACGUGUCAUUCUUUUGACCCCAUUCAAGAAUUUAUCAUUGCCUCCCUGUACUGCAGAAUGUGUCCAGAAACUCACAACCUGGAUAAACUUUUGCCCUACACAUCACUGCUUGACUGGAUUGGGAUUAUCCCUGGAGUAACAUGUGCAACAGACAUUAUUUCUCUACCUGUGUUAGAGUUCCAAAACUCCAAAGGCUUCUGGGAGAAACUCAACGCAAACUUGGAGAGUGUGAAGUAUGCAGAGCCACGCUUGCAUUACCACAAUAAUGUGCUCAGGAGGGAAUGGCGUAACCUUUCAGAAGAGAGAGAGGAGAGAAAAACGACAGCGUAUUUGAGGAAUAUUUUUGAAAAUGCCAAAAAGGUGCUUUCUCAUCUGGACACUUGGGACUCUGAGGAAAGGCUAGGACCUCUCUUUCAAGAGGAAGAUUAUCAGCAGCAAUUACUAAUGGGACUGAUGGUUGCUCAGCUAAAGGAUCACCUUAUGAGACAUCUACAGUAUGUAGGAAAAAAGAAGAUUGACCAAAUAGUUUUGGAUUACGUUGCAAACCUGCUGAAUCUGGUACAUCGAAUAAUGAAAGAAGUUUGGAGGAGAUACCAGCUUCAUUCCUGCACCUUCUGCUUUGAUGAGAGAGGAAGCGCAAGAGAGUUUGCAGUGUUCCAUAUCAUGAGUCGGAUUCUAGAAGCUGCAAAUGGCAUGUGCAUGCCUUUGCCUCCUGGUUUUCACACUCUGCACUUGGGGCUUGGUGUUCGAUGUCUCCCUCUGCACACCCUCCUGCACUAUAUUGACAGUGGAGUCUUGCAUUUGACAGAAACGUGUGUCAGGAAAUUGCUGGAAGACCUGGAUGACACUGAGGAGAAUGAAAAGCUGAAGUUCAGUAUUGUCAUGAGGCUUCCCGAGGCUCUUGGUCAAAAGGUCCGCCAGUUUUGGAAUCAUCCAAUAAAUGCUAAUUUAAUUGCACGGAAAUAUGUGAAACUUCUUCUUGAGAAGCUGGGGAACAGGCAGUGUAGCAGGCCAAUCCCUGAGAGACUCUUGGUCCCUGUAGAGUUUUUGCCACUUAACUACCUGACUAAUAUGCUGGCAGAGAUAGAGGAUCAAGGUGUGCAUCCAUAUGAAAAACAAGACCAUAUUAAUGUAAGAUUUGUAGAGGAAACAGCACUCAAACAUACUAUGAUGCUUUUGGGCCUCAAAUAUUCCUGAAAUAACGUGCUGUUGAAGAAAGCUAACUGUGGUACUUUUACAUAAAAGUAUUCACACAGAAGUGUGGCAACCAGCUUUUUUUUGUGUUUUAAACUUAAAUGUCACGUUGUUUUCCAAAUAAUCUGCAGUUUUGUGUAGCCACCAUUACUGACAUAAGCUACUCAAAAUAUUGUUUGGUGCAACGUAUUUAGGCUGAAAUCGCUGACUUCUAGAUAAAUCCUAGAGAAAUUAAUCUGACACAAACCCAGGUUUCCAAUGAAAGGUAUCUGUGGUUUCAUUGUUUCAUGUUGAAGUGGUCAAAUAAAUGGAACUACAGUGGGUAUCAAAACACACUGUGAAAAUUGGUGUUAAUGUCAAUUAUUUUAACAAGGUAGACAAUCCUGAAAGAGGGAAUCCAGUUGUAUUGUACAGUGACAAGAAACCGGUAACUGUUUACUCAUUUAGAUCAAUAAAAGUAUUUCUUGCUGUGUUUAUGUAAAACAGGUAAGAGUAACAAAUGAUGAAUCGGUCUCUGUAUGUCAUCAGUAAUGAUGUGUUCAUUGCUUGUGGGGGUCGUGUGUUAUCUUAUGGUACUUCGGCCUCUGGAGUUAGAUUCUAAUACAUUCACUUUUGUAAUUGGCGCAAAAUAUAAUCUUCUUAAAGUGCACAUGACAGGGUUUUGUUUUUUAAGAUAUGUAUAACAUACUGUAAGCAAUACAAGAUAAGAAAAAAGUUCUUUAGAAAUUUACACUAAUGGUGACUUGGGCAGAAUUUUACUUAAUUCUUUCCUUGCAACUUUUAGUGUUACAGUUCAAGCUUCAGCUUCAAAAAGAAAUGGAGGCUGGUUUUCCUUCAUUUUCAACUUUUAUUUAUAUAAAACUGAACCAGCGUUGUGUUUUGGUUUGCUUUGGGUUUUUUUUUUUUAAGCUCUGAACUGUGACAUUAAAUUAAAAUAAUAAUAUGCAGAGAAAAAAAUCUUAAGUUCUGACAUGUAGGAUUUCUGCAGUCUUUAUUGGAUCUAAAAACAACUCUAGCAAAGUUUCAGACUAUUAAACUAGUGAAGCUCAUUGACAAAUUGAUAGAUUUUGGAGGUUUUCAGUAGCAGCCCCUGGUAUUCUCUCUGAGUGAAAUAAAAAGAUCCAGUUCUCGGGAGUGAUGCGGCUAAUUCAUGGUCAUUCCUUUGUCAUUACUGUCAGUGGAGCAAGAGUUUUAGCUUUCUC